AUGAGCUUUCCCGGUGCAGCGCCUCCACCCUCGGGCGUGGAGCUGAACCUAAAUCAUCCACAGGAUGUGCUAAGGUCACGCAAUUAUGCCAGGCAAGCUCUUACCAUUGCGUUUGUGUCCGCUUUCGUUGUGACUCGUUUUUAUGUCAAGACAAGAGUUAUGGGAGGAGGGACAACAAGAAAUGACUUGGCCACUUAUACUUCCUACGCGUGGAUGAUCGGGUAUUGUAUCACAGCCUGCGUUGCUGGGACUUACGGUGGCGGGCUCAAUCAAUUGGAAUCCGGAUAUGAUGCCACUAUCUUCUACGCUCCCAUGGCCCUGAUCGAAACCAUGAUGGGCAUCUCCAUUUUUAUCGGCAUGCUUGUGGCAUACUAUGUGUCGGGUCUUUUCAUCAAGAUCUUUAUAUGCUGGCCGAUCAGCGCGUACUGGAAAGGAGAGACAGACAAAUGCUUAAACCAAAGCGCCAUCAUUUUCGCCGAUGCUAUCAUCAGCGUCAUCAGUGACUUGGUCAUUUUGCUACUCCCGACCCCGCUCACGUGGUCACUACAGCUAUCUAGACGGAAAAGACUCCUAGUCAUUGGAAUUCUUUGUGCUGGAGGCGUCGCGACAGCUUUCAGUAUCUACCGAUUGGCAAUGAUCCUGCACGAGGGCAAGUCUGUAAACCAGACCAUCGUCUUCAUAAAGGCGAUAUUAUCUGGGUAA